AUUCAUCAUUUACAGCUUCUUCACAUUUAUACAGUUUGGGGAGACUUGGAUGAAACUUUAGAAACUUUGCCAACUCUUUGCAUUAUACUUGGGGCAUUUUUCAAGGCACUUACUUGCUUUUGUAAGGAGAAAGAAUUGCAGGAACUUUUAGAUUGUAUCAGAAAUGAUUGGAAGGUCUGGAAUUCUGGAAAAGAAUUUGAAAUUUUAAAAUCAUAUGCAGAAAGUGGAAAAUUUCUAACCUUAUUAUUUACUGGGGACAUUUAUAUGACGCUGAGUACAAUAAUGGCAAUGUGUCUCUCACCUAUAAUCUUGGACGUUAUAAUACCUCUAGACGAACCGAGAAUGAAACUGAUGAUAUAUCCAGUUGAGCUUUAUAUAAAUAAAGACAAAUAUUUCAUUUAUAUUUUUUGCUUUACUGUCAUAUGUGCUUCGGUAAUGAUGACAUAUACUCUUGCUUGUGAAUCAAUGUAUGCUAUUAACACUCAACAUGCUUGUGGAUUGUUUGCUAUUGUUAGGUAAGAAGAGCUAAUUGGUUUUAUAAAUUAAUUUUAUUUGUCUUACAAUUUCUUGCCUAAACGUGUAAGAAAUGUUUAAAGUCUACGAAGAAGGAAGAAACAUUAAUAAGUUUUAACUAUUGUGUGAAAGUGAAAAAUUCAUUUAAAUGAAUCUAACUAUCCAUUUAACAAUGGACAGUUAAAGAGUCAACUUAUUCAAUAUUAACCCGUUGACUGU